UUUGUUAAACUCCUCGUGAAACAAAAAAUAAAAGUUACACCGGUUUUGGUUUCAUAAUUUUUUGUCUCAAAAUUAUGAGACUUUUCCUCCUCUCCAAGCUUAUCCAGCACACCCCCCGGUGUGGGGGUGGGAAGCUUAUCUUUGAUAUCAAACGGAUCUCGCGACAAAUGUCGUCUCUCGGUUAUCUGCGCGAUUCUUACAAAUGUGAGGAAGCCUGGUCGAAAAGAUUGCAAUCUUCUCUCCUCCAAAAAGUUAAUCCAGACGAUUUAUUCUUCGAGAUGGAUCAGAAAUAUCAAACCGAUAAGGUCUUGAGUGCCGUGGAUGUUGAUAUCUACAUGAACAAAGUCACAGACGUUGAAUCCCUCGACGAAAUGGAGGAGGCAGUUUAUCGUUUGAGAAAGUCGCCCGCUUCUGCAGACACGCUCCCAUCGACGAAUCACGCCCUUAUCAGGGCCUUCAUGGCUGCUCAGAAGACCGACGACCUUCUCCGCAUAUUAAACGAUCGCCUCAACUACGGUGUCUUUCUCGAUUUCCAUCUCGCCAACAUUUUAAUGGAUGAAUUUCUCAAAAGUGGGAACAAUCGUGACGCUGCCAAAGUAGCAGGUCUGCUCAUGCUGGAGGAAGAUUUUGGUCUGCCGACUUCCAAACUAUUCUGUCUCCUGUCGUGCCUCAAGUAUUUGAAAGAUCCGAAACCCGAGGGUUGGGAAACUGUCGAAACUCCAAAGGGAGAUGAUGACGAAGAAAUUAAAAAAGUCAGGGUUCGCUUCCUCCGAAACGUUUACACCGACCAGCACUUUGACCUCUACGAGCCGCACCACAUUGUCGGGAAAACUUUGGGAAGCGUUGGCCAACUCGUUACCGAAGAUGAAGCUGUCUCCCACUCUGCCCAACUCCUCGGCUGGGCUGUGUACGGAAAGUGGGAGAAAGUGAAGCAAUUAGUGGACAGAUUGGCAUCCGCUAGAAAACCCAUCUACUCAGAAGUCCUCAAAACAGUGUCCGAAUUGGUCGACAAGGCUCUCGCCGAGGUGGAAGCAUCCCCAACUAAAACUCUCCCGAAACCCAAACUUCGUCAAUUAUACGGAAUGAAUUUAGAUGACAAGGGUGUCGCUGCGUUCUGGGAUCGGAUCAAGUAUCCAGCCUAUGAGAAAAUCCUGCCUAACAUUAAAUCAAAGUUGACCUCGGUAGGAGUGCUUGCCAACCAGGAAGAUGGUGCAUUAGUGAAGAAGGCGGAGGAACUGCUAUCAGGCGCCUUGUCAGAAAGGGAAGAGCAGGAAAUUGCCAAUCAGAUUAAAACUUAUGAAGAUUGGGAGGCAAUGCGUCUGGCUGAAUUGGAAAGGCAAAUCCGUAGAUUUAAAGCUUACAAACUGACGGAAGAUAUUGAAGCGAGAAAACAAGAGCUCAGAGAGAAGGAAGAAGUAAUCUUCUUCUUCGACCAUGAAGAAGAAUGGAUGAUGAAACUUCCCCCAGACCAACAAGCCGGCUACAAACUACCCGAGGAUUACAUUCCCUCAAAUGCAGUCAAAUUCGUUAAAGUCAUCCCACCAAAGAAAAUUAAAACGAAAAAGGCUAAAGUCUAGACGGAUAGCUUUAAUUGACACUUCAAUUUAUUAAUAAUGAAAACAAUGCUAGAUAGCAAAACUUGUAGGAGUAUUUAAAUAAUUAGUUUUUAAGUAUACAUGAUACGAUCCUCAUUUUUUAUAAAUUAAUACAUACACGUAAUUUGUUGAUACCACAUCAGUUUGACAAUAAAUUAAGAAAGAAUCGUGCGUCGUCUC